AGGUCACGUGUCAGGGCUUCCUGUAUGCUGCUGCCGCCGGGUGUCCAUGGCCCGCACCCCCAAGCUGCCACUGCAGCAGUCAGAGUGUCAGCUGAAGGCUCGGUUCAUGCCGUGUCCCCAGGCAGUACUGGCAAGGCUGAGCAAGAGGCCUCUGCAUCUUGACACCUAGGAGAGCAGGGACGGAGUCUCCCAGGGUGGAGGACCAUGCUGCGCCGCAAGCCCUCCAAUGCCAGUGAGAAGGAACCCACUCAGAAGAAAAAGCUCUCCCUUCAGCGCUCCAGCAGCUUCAAGGAUUUUGCUAAAUCCAAACCCAGCUCCCCCGUGGUGAGCGAGAAGGAGUUUAAUCUGGAUGACAACAUUCCAGAAGAUGACUCAGGUGUCCCCACCCCAGAGGAUGCUGGGAAGAGUGGCAAAAAGCUGGGGAAGAAGUGGAGGGCAGUGAUUUCCCGAACCAUGAACAGGAAGAUGGGCAAGAUGAUGGUGAAGGCCCUAUCAGAAGAGAUGGGAGACACUCUGGAGGAGGGCUCUGCCUCCCCGACAUCUCCAGACUACAGCCUGGACAGCCCUGGCCCUGAGAAGAUGGCGCUGGCCUUUUCUGAGCAAGAGGAGUGUGAACUUCCGGUGCUCAGCCGCCAGGCAUCAACAGGCAGUGAGCUCUGCAGCCCCAGCCCAGGUUCUGGCAGCUUCGGGGAGGAACCACCUGCCCCCCAGUACACAGGGCCCUUCUGUGGCCGAGCACGAGUCCACACCGACUUCACUCCCAGCCCCUAUGACCACGACUCGCUGAAACUGCAGAAAGGAGAUGUGAUCCAGAUCAUUGAAAAGCCACCUGUGGGCACGUGGCUGGGCCUACUCAAUGGCAAGGUGGGCUCUUUCAAAUUCAUCUAUGUGGAUGUGCUGCCCGAGGAGGCCGUGGGGCAUGCCCGACCCAGCCGCCGACAGAGCAAGGGCAAGAGGCCCAAGCCUAAGACCCUGCAUGAGCUGCUGGAGCGCAUCGGCCUGGAGGAGCACACGUCCACCCUCCUGCUCAAUGGCUACCAGACACUAGAGGACUUCAAAGAGCUGCGAGAAACACACCUCAAUGAGCUGAACAUCAUGGACCCGCAGCACCGGGCCAAGCUGCUCACGGCCGCCGAGCUGCUGCUGGACUAUGACACUGGCAGCGAGGAGGCAGAAGAAGGCGCCGAGAGCAGCCAGGAGCCAGUGGCACACACAGUGUCGGAACCCAAGGUGGACAUCCCGCGUGACUCAGGCUGCUUUGAGGGCUCGGAGAGCGGGCGCGAUGAGGCAGAGCUGGCAGGCACUGAGGAGCAGCUGCAGGGCCUCUCCCUGGCCGGGGCACCUUGAGGUGGCGGUGGCAAUAACCCAAGGCUGGGCCCCAGCUGCAAAGGCUGCAGGAGUGGGCUCAGCCUCCCGUGGUGGCCCAGGCCCUGAGGACUGGCACUGAGCCUGGCCCUGCUUCCCCAGGGACACUUAGGCAGAGGCCAGGCCAGGGUCCUACAGGUUCCAGGCUCAGCUGGAGUGGUUGGGGAGUCGCCCAAGGGCACAUCCCACCUGCCUGAGCCCCACCCUCCACCAGCGACUGACAGCGCAGUCCCUCUUGGCACCAACUGCUCCCCCGCCAUAGCCAUGGCCACAGCAAUCGGGGCACUGGGAGACCCUGCCCAUGUCCCUCACCACCAAGGCCUCCAAAUCCUCCUCACCCCCACACCACCUACCCCUGUCGCACUGCUCCUGAAAAGGGGGCCAAGUCAAUGUUUCAGGUCAGUCUAAAAACCCUAGGGAAGCUGGCCAUUUAGAAGAACCCAAAGUGACCAUGGGUAAAUCCAGUUCCCCUAAAUAAGGCCUGAAGAAAUCCACAAGUACCAUUCCCACUUUCCUUCUCCUUAGCUUUCUUAGAGAUUUGGCCACUAAACCUAUGAGACUUGAACCAAGUGGCUUCCUCUUUCUAGGCUUAGGACUGGUUGGGGUUAGAAUGGAUGAUCACCGAAGGCCUUGCCUGCUCUGACAUUCUGUGACAUUAAAUGUCUAUUCUCCUGUUACCUGUGGCCUGGGACACCAGUGGGGUUUAUCAAGGGGACCAGAGGGGCCUCAGGCUUUCAGAUGAAAUGGUUCCUCCUACCCACCCACUUUAUUCCUCCCCAUGUAACUCAGGACAAGCUGCAACUUCCCCCAGCUUAACACAAUGCCCAUACCUCACACGAUAUGCACCCUCCCCUUCCAUUCCUGGCCCCCUCAAACGAGACUUCUCACAGGGCUGAUUGCAGAUGGUCAAACCUGGCUUCCAAGGACAGAAUUGCCUCUCAGAAGCCAGUUGCAGAUCUGGGUCCAGAGUUGGCCACUUGUGUGGGUUCUCACAAGCAAAGAGAGCACUAAACUUGACAUUGGGGGUCCACCACUUCAACUUUGCUUUCUGAAGGUUUUGGUGUACACUGAGCCCCAGGAGGAAAGGAGAGUAUCUGUGAGUGGGGGCCUCCCUUGACCCUGGUACCAAGUCUGUGCCCUGAAGCCCCAGAGUAGCCCUUCCCUGGUGCCCAACUGGCCUGGGGACAAACAGCGUCCACUACAUCUAGGACUGCCAGCUAAGUGGACACACUUCUUGACCUCCUACCAGGAACUUUGGUAAAAGCUAGCUUUGGGGAAGGGGCUGGGUGUAAAUAUGAGAGGGUGGAGGGAGACCAGCUGUUAGCAAUAAACUUGGGUAGAACUAAA